AAGCACUUUGCCCAUACCAAAAUCAAUAGCAGAAUAUUACCUGUACUUUUGCCAUUACCAGUUUCUUCAAAUUUUCCCUUUCUUGAUCAUUCUUUUCGAUUGUAUAUGUUUUAAAAAUGUCUGAUUCAUUUAUAUUUAUUCUUUUUUUUGUAGUUUUUAUGCUUUACCAGAUCCUAAUUUAGAAGACAUUGAAUUCGAUUUGGUUGAACUUGAUCGAAUUCGAAUUGGCGAAGAUUUCAGUGUAAUCGUUCGCAUGAAAAAUAAAUGCGAUGAAGAAAGAAAUGUUCGAGCUGUUUUAUCAUCCACCAGUGUGUUUUAUACUGGUAUAAAAGCGAAUCUCGUGAAAAAAGCUGAAGGAAUCUUUAAGCUAAAACCACACUCAUCUGAAAGACUCGAAUUAAGAAUUGCUGGUGAUGAAUACAUCGACAAAUUAGUCGAAUAUUGCAACAUGAAAUUGUGCGCAGUUGCAACUGUAACUGAAACUCGUCAAACUUGGGCUAAUGAAGAUGAUUUUCAAGUUGUUAAACCAACCAUAACAAUUAAAAUUCCAUCAGAAAUUCCAUGUAAAUCCCCAACACGAGUUCUUCUUCAAUUCAUCAAUCCAUUGAAGAAAACGUUAACAAACUGCAAAUUUAAUCUUUCUGGGCCAACUUUAUUAAGAAAUCAUAUUCUUUCCAUUGCUGAUGUUGAAGCUGGAGAAUUGGUGAGCGCUGAAACGGAAAUUGUACCAAAAAUAGCUGGAGAACAAAAACUUAUAGCGACUUUUUGGUCAAAAGAACUUUCAGACAUCACUGGUGCUUCUAAAGUUGAAGUCACCGAAGAAGAGGAAUAAUACAAUUAAUACUUUUCUUUCAAUUAUUAAUGUUUAAUGCUUUGUUUUAAAUAAAUACAUGUUUAUUUCAAAAA